GAUCUUUGUUUUUUCCCUUCAUCUGUGUCUGUAUGACCUAAUCAACAGAUUAGAUGUCAAAUAAACAGUACAGUGGGCCUUAGGAGGAUUUUAAUGGUGGAUAUCCAAUAAAUAUUGUUUUCCUGUGGUGUGGUCCACCUGCGAUUUAUAUCCCUCUCAUUUUUGGUAUUAGAUUCUAAAAUGAUAUUUAAAAAUGGAUGAACAGAAUGGAUGACACACAAACAUCAUGAUGGGGCACACAGAGCACCGACCACCAGCCACCGGGCUGGUGGCAGGGGGAGUAGCCAAUCCGUUUCCCUGAUUCCUGGGUCAGGGCAUCACAAUAGUGGGACCCUCAUGAUGGAUGGAGAGCUUCACCACGACACGUGUGGACCCAGCCUAGCUUCUUUCAUAUAGGAACUAUAGAAGAGAUCCAUGAUCUUGAUUAGCUCACCACAAUGUUUAGUUACUAUCUAUAAAUUAAUAGAUUUCUCUCCUUCUUAUCUAUUAAAUAAUUCUUAAAUUCCCUCUGAUGAAUGCUCAUGUGAUGUUUGCUGAAAUGCCGAAUGAAUCAUUCGUUCUGUUUUAUCUUCCGAAGAUUGUCGUAUUCGUUCUCUUCUCUCGAUCUACCUCGAGAUCUCAGGUCCAAUCCACGAGUCGAAUUCAGCUAGAAAAUCAGCAGCCUGAAAGCUGAUACUUUUGAAGACUGCAAACAAAUAUAGGGACGUCGUCCUAAUCUUCUUAGAAAACCCAAUUGAAUUCAGCCAUCGAUUUGCAACGAAUAGCAAUCCAUCUGAUUUCAACGGCAUGGAGACAGCGAUGGAAGUAGCAGCCCAAGAGCCAAACUCACCGAAAGAUGCAGCUGCCGCCACUCAAUUACUGCCGUCUCCAAGGUUCAAACGCCGCCAUUGGUGGCUCCUGGUGAUUCUUAGCACUAUCUUUCUCCUCUCCGGCCAAUCUGUAGGCACUCUCCUUGGACGGGUCUACUUCAACAAAGGAGGAAAUAGCAAAUGGAUGGAGACACUAGUGCAAUCCGCCGGCUUUCCAAUUCUCAUCCUCCCUCUCAUCCUCUUUCCUUCCUCACCAACCUCUUCCACCAACAAUACCCCACCUUCAUUCACCACCCUUGCAUUCCUCUACACUUCCCUUGGACUUCUCUUCGCCGCGGAUAACAUGUUGUAUUCUUAUGGCCUCUUAUACCUUCCCGUCUCGACGUAUUCACUCAUCUGUGCCUCUCAGCUGGCCUUCAACGUGCUCUUCUCCUACUUCCUCAAUUCACAGAAGCUGACGCCAUUGAUCCUCAAUUCUGUAGUCCUACUCACCUUCUCUUCAUCCCUCAUCGCCGUCCGCGCUGAUUCAAAGGGCCCCAUGAAAACCUCGACGGGGAAGUAUGCAGCUGGAUUCCUAUGCACGUUGGGAGCUUCAGCGGCAUAUUCUCUAUUGCUUUCUCUCACACAACUCUCCUUUGAGAAAAUUCUCAAGAAGGAGAACCUCUCUGUGGUGUUGGAAAUUCAAAUCUACCCAGCUGCUGUGGCCAGUUUGGUUUGUGUGGUGGGCCUCUUCGCCAGUGGUGAGUGGAAGCACUUGGAGGGUGAGAUGGAGGGGUUCAGGACUGGGAGGGUGUCGUAUGUGAUGAAUCUGGCGUGGACCGCGGUGGCUUGGCAGAUCUCUGCCAUUGGUUCUUUGGGGUUGAUUUUUGUGGUGUCAUCUCUCUUUUGCAAUGUCAUUGGCACAGUAGCUUUGCCUAUAACACCAGUUGCUGGUGUGAUCUUGUUCCAUGAGAAAAUGGAUGGAGUGAAGAUUGUAGCUAUGUUUUUGGCUAUUUGGGGAUUCAUUUCUUAUAUCUAUCAGCAAUACGUUGAUGAUUCCGAGUUGAAGGAGACAGCAAGAACAGUUGUCAUUGAAAUCCCUGAUGUGUCAUCCAAGGAGACAGCAAGAGCAGUUGUCAAUGAAAUCCCUGAUGGGUCUGGCUUGAAAGAGGUCAGUCCAUGAGCUUCGUAGUCGUAUGAAUUCCUGGGUUUUGCUUGAAUCCUGGGGUUGCAGUGCAAGAACAAGACAAACAAGCUUCUGAAGAACUUGGAUUUUUACUCUC